GAGGUUUCACAGAGCUUCAACCAGAAGUCUAUGCCAUGACAAUACCCUGUGGAGGCACACACAUACUGGUGUUCCCAUACCCUGCGCAGGGGCAUAUGUUAGCCCUUCUCGACCUCACCCACCAGCUGGUCAUCCGGGGUCUAACCAUCACCAUUCUCGUGACACCAAAGAAUCUCCCCAUCCUCAACCCUCUCCUCUCUAGGCACCCUUCUUCCAUCAAAACUCUAAUCUUACCGUUCCCAUCCCACCCUUCUGUACCCGCAGGUGUUGAGAACGUAAAAGACCUACCAGACAACUCCUUCAUCAGUGCUAUGGUUAGUGCUUUGCGUCAGCUUCACGACCCUCUCCUUCUCUGGUUCCGGUCCCACCCUUCACCACCCUCUGCUAUCAUCUCUGACUUGUUCCUAGGGUGGACCCACCACCUUGCUUGCCAGCUCAACAUCCCUCGGAUCGUCUUCUCUCCCUCCGGUGCCGCUUUCGUGUCCCUUAUCAAUUGCCUCUGGCGUGAAACCCCACAGAGGGAUGACCCCAACGACCCUGAUUUCCCAGUCUCGUUUCCAAAAGUCCCUGGUUCCCCGAUUUACCCCUGGCGACAGCUCUCAUUUGUGUACCGCAGCUACGUCCGUGGAGACCCAGAAUGGGAAUUGAUCCGAGAUGAUUACCUUGCCAACAUGGCGAGUUGGGGAAUCGUGUUCAACUCCUUCUCCGAGUUGGAACGCGAUUACCUUGUUCAUCUCGAGAAAGAUCUUGGUCAUGAUCAGGUCUGGGCGGUGGGGCCCUUGCUACCGCCAGAUGAUGAUCCAACGGCACCAUCCGAGAGAGGUGGGUCCAAUUCUAUUUCGGCACGUGACAUAAUAUCCUGGCUGGACAAACGCGAGGAGAACUCGGUGAUCUACGUGUGCUUCGGGAGCCAAGCCGUGUUGUCUAACGAGCAAAUCGAAGCGCUAGCGGUAGGGUUGGAACAGAGUGGGGUCCAUUUUAUUUGGUGCAUUAAGGAGGCUACGGUUGGACACGUGGUAGGUAAGUACGGCGUUGUACCCUCAGGAUUUGAAGAUCGGGCGGCAGAGAGAGGGCUGGUGAUUCGUGGAUGGGCUCCGCAGGUGUCGAUACUGAGGCACCGAGCUGUGGGAUCGUUCUUGACUCACUGCGGGUGGAACUCCGUGCUGGAAGGGAUCGUAGCAGGUGUUGCGCUGCUUGCGUGGCCGAUGACGGCCGAUCAGUUUGCUGAUGCGAAGCUUUUGGAGGAGGUGGGCGUGGGAAUGAAGGUCUGCGAGGGUGCGGAGACCGUCCCGAACUCUGUCGUGUUGGCUAAGGCCAUGACCGAGUCUGUAAGCGGGAAAGGGUCCAAGAGGGAGAAGGCUGUGGAGCUGCAGAAGGCUGCCUUGGAUGCAAUCAAAGAGGGUGGGUCCUCGUCCAAGGAUUUGGAUCUGUUUGUCAAGGAUUUAAGUGGAAGUAAAAUUGAAUUUGGAGGUAAGAACGCGUGA